UAUAUAUAUAUUGAAUUUUCAGAGGCUUUAUGGUAGUAUAUUCGAAUUCAAACACGAUACCUUCUCUCUAAAAACUCUCUAAAAACAAUACGUAAAGUUAAACAAGCUAGAACUCUAGAUCGAACAUCAAUGGCAUACCAAGACGUGCAUGAUAACGAUCCGGACUUUGAAAAUUUAGGAGAUAAUAUAGAUUAUUCUGAUAGAUUUGUUACCGAUAGAGAAUUUGAUUCUGUAGAUGAUUUACAUACUUGGGCUAAUGAGAUAGCACUAACAAUUGGAUUUCAAUUUACACGUGCUUCAUAUAAAAAAAAAGAAGGGCGUUCUAGAGUGAGUCUGUACUUAAGAUGUCACCGUUACGAUAAAAGAAGUGUUGAUUUGCAUAACUUAGACAAUGCUCCCCGACCAGGUUCCAAAAGUAGGGGUUGUGGGUGUAAAUUUAUGAUUUUAGGAACUAGUCGUAACCCAAAGGAAAGACCUUGGACGGUUAGAGUGUUUCCUGGUGAAAAAGGAAUACAUAACCAUCCGUUCUUCAUGUACAUAGAUGGUCAAAUAAGAGUAAAUAGGAUGACUGUGGAUAUCAGGCAGCACAUACGAGAUCUAAAUUUAGAAAGACAAUAUCGUAAUAGGAUAUCACUUUGGAGUAGAAUGUGCAACAUACAACGACAACAGCAUAAUAACACCGCCGGAGACGCGGUGAAUUUAGAUUCUCCAUAG